UUCGAGGGUGUUUCGUCGGCGCAUUCUAUUCGAACUUCUCUGUGUGAUCGAUCUUGUUCUUCAAUUCCUUCAUUCAACGGUCCCCGCCCAUUUUCUGCUCGGAGUCGAUUCAUCAUCAUGCUGGGUCGACUUUUGAAUACUGCAGCGGCCACCCUCAAUCCGACGGCGUACUCCGCCAAGAACCCACCGCAACUGGAAUCGGUCACAGAGGAGGAGCACACAUCGGGCCUGCUAUAUCCUGACGCUAGUCUCCUUCGCCGUUCCAAUACGCACGCGUACCCCCUUCAUACGGCUUUCAAUUCCCCGAAUACUUCUACAGCCGGUGGUUAUGAUGAUCGUGGUGGCGGCGUGGAAUUAGAUUAUCACAAAGAUUUCCGUGUGAUUAUCGCUCAGAACGCGCUGGGAGAUCGGGAUGCAUGUGUGUUACUGGAUACCCGGGCGACUCCGCCGGGCCAAGGCUCGCAUGGACUGGGAUUGGAGCCACAGGUGUUUGAGAAUACUGGUGCACGGCAUGCCCGCACGGUCUCAACGUUGACUCGCGGCCCGCGACGGGGGUACCUGUCUCAGUCUUCCGUCAUCGAGUCAAGCCCGCUGGCUGCGGCUACAGAAACACGUCGGUCCCCACCCAUGUCUUCCGGCGCGUUCACGAGGGCACGGGUUCGUAGCUCUACACUGGCACCUGGUGGAAAUUUCUCCGAAGGAGGCCAUUCGCGCGGGUCGGCCGAUUCACAUGAUUCCGGUCUGCUGAACUGCAUAUUUGGGAGCAGCGCAUUCAGCUAUAAAGGUUCCUCCACUAAGAUGCAUAUCAUUUCGACGGAUGAUGAACCGGGCCAAACCUCUCCAGCCUCUCCGGCGGCACGCAGUUCUCUGUCGCGAGCCUAUACUACGGGAAGUGAUGCGGCAUUCGGGAGCUCCGAUCGGGGCAAUGACUCCAAACCACCUGCCCCACCUGCCAAGGUCACUAUUUUGUUGACGAGGAUGUUCAGCGUUCACCUGCCUGAAAGCGGGGAUGAUGACACCCCGCCGGAUAGAGCUGAUUUGGCAGCUUCAAUCUCUCAAGACGCUCUCCCGAGCCCAGGAUUUCCAUUCCCGGAUGUCUCGAAGCGCAAGAAGAUCAAGGAAAAGAAGACCCCGAUGUAUGCUGUUGCUAUUACGAUCCAGAUCCCGCUUCUGUCCCGAAGUGGUGGGCGGCCAGUUUCGCGGUUCGCGCAAGGUCCAGACUCCCCCAAACCAGGACUUUCCUGCUCCCUGGACUCGGACUACCGUUGGCGCGGAGGCUUCUUCGAUGACAGUCUGUCGCUUGCAUCACCUCCUGCGAGUCUCGAUGAGCGGAUCGAUUUGUUAGUGGACCACUGGGAUAUCAUUAAUCGUACUUUGUCCCAUUUGGAGAGGCUGUCUCGGAACGAGAUCUUGUUCUUGCUGAAGAGGGUAGACGCUUCGGCAGGGCCAUAUCCGAAGCCGGCUAAACCUCCUAAUAUGCAGCGGACGAACCAGACUUUUGUUCAUCUGCCGGUCAAUGUGCUGUCCAUCAAUUCAAAACUCCGGGAAGAAGCCAUCCGCAGCACUCGCCGCAUCAGCACGGCCCUGCAGAUGCCGUAUGUUGUUACGGGCCAGAGCCGUUGGGGCGUCUGGCGUGAAGAAGGCCGGUCGAUCAUUCGCAGUCUCGGUGAUAAGGACCACAGCUUCUUUUUCCUAGUCUUAGUCACUGCGUUCUUAGGAAACCACACGGAGUGGCUCAAUGCUCUAGGCCCGGAGUGGUACAGAAGGCGACACUUUCUGCAACAGAAGGCUCAGCAAGACGCAGACCCGUUCCUCGCCAAUCGCACAGUGAUUAUCUCUCCAGAUAAAAUGACUGCUAGAAGACUGAUUUUCCUGUUGGCGGCAUUCCUGCCUCCUAAGCAGCGCUUCGAGCCCCUGCCGUCUCCAAUCCGCCCGGGCACUGCGGCUUCCACCCGUGCCGUUUCCCAGAGUCCGCCUACCGUCCCUAUCCUACGACAGGAGGCAUUGCGGAGAGUGAUGGAACGGCGGUCUCGUGCACAGCGCCUCAACAUCAAUGAAAGAGAGCAGCACCAGCGUUCUGUGAGCGCUUCGUCGAAUGAAACGGCCCAUCGCUCCACAGAAGAACCUGAUCCUUUGAUGCCGCCUGAUUUUGGUGCCAAGCGCAGAGGCUCAGAUGCCCGCUCCAUCCGAGCGUUGGGUGUCCCCAUCCAUACCAGAGAGAUGCGCCCCAGAAAUACGAGUGCAGCCACGACUUCGACCACCACGCCGAGUAGUACCGUUCCCGUCCCGCACUUUGCUUCGCAGAGCCGGUCUGAGCGAAUGGGAUCGGAUCCGAGCGUCAACGAUGGACGUGAUAGCCUGGCGUCGGAGAAUUUGUUGAAGAACCUGCGGCGGUCAGAAACCUCGGCGACCAGUGGCCACGGUAGUAUUCCUCCCGCUGGGGGUCGAUGGGGAACUUUGUUCUCUGGGUUGUGGAGCUCACGUCAGGAGUCAUCAACCGCUUCUGAUACCCCCGCACCGCCUGAAGCGCGUAAGCGAUCGGUCUCUGCUCUUACCAAUCCACCCAGACGGAACCCCCCGACACUUGCGCAGAUGGUCAAAGAAGCGGCGGAGGAACCCCUGGCAGCCGCACCUCGGGCUACCACGAGUGGUAACAUCUCCAUUCCUCCAGCCUCAAACGGUCAUAUCUCAUUUGAAGAGGACACGCCGGACUUAUCAUCAACCACGGAUCAGGCCAAGGAAUCGUCCUUGAAAAUGGCUGUUCGUGGAGACGACGGAGUGGUGGAUGUGGACUUGCCGCUCCCUGGUUUCCUGUCGCUUUCGUCGUCCGGGGAUUCCACGCUGGCGUCCCCGAAGAAGACACGUACGUCGGUUACUAGUAUGGAUGCAAUGGCGUCGACACAGAGCAGUGUGUCUGGGUUCCAUGGCAGCGUCAAGGACAGCGAUGGACCUAACACCAACGUUGCUGGCUGGCUGCGAACGUUCCAUGAUGAUUUUCUCCUUCAAGCCGUGAGACCCUACGCUUCGCUGGAAGCGGAAAUUAGACGUGCCAUGCAGGCUGAGCCGACACCAAGUCAAGCCCUCUGUCUUAAUGCAGAUGGUUCGGAACGAUGGGUGGAUGUUGCGACCACAGUGAUCGCGGACGUCCGGACCUUCACGGUGAAGCGACUGCGUUUGAGACGUAAACUUGUGGGACCUGGUUCGUCGCGCCGGGCAUAUACUCCUUUUGUGCCUUCGCAACCGGGCACUCCACGUUACGUGUCCAAUGGCUCUGCUUCAGCGUCGCAGCUCACCAGUUUCUUCUCACACGCCACGGGGUCGAGCAAGACAUCCAACAAUUCUUCUUCAGAUGAUUUCUAUCCUACUGAAGUUGAGGAGCGCUUCGUGGAAGAGCCUGUGAUGGAUCUGGAUGGCACCCUUGUCGACGCACUCGAACGCGUGCUUGCGCAAAGUGGACCGUCCUCGAUGGUGCAUUCGCGUGCGCCCUCGCCGUCUCGUGGUCGUCGUGGGGAAGACAAGCAGUCGUCCGACACCAGUGCAACCACGCGCGAAGAAAUUCGACCAGUCGAAGUGCCUCGCACUGAAUGUCGCAAGCUUGUCCUCGGUGCCCUGGAGGAGGUGGUUCGCAGCGUGACAGCCGAGCAUUGCCGCGAGGAUGUUGACGGGGAGCUUGGCCUGGCUGAUAGAGAGCGCAAGCGUACGUUGGCUGGGACGGAUAACGCGCUGCGUGAGGGAGUUCGGAAGUGGCUUCUCGAUGUUGAGGAGGCGUGGUAGUGACUUGUUGUUUUCGUGACCCUUUUCUUUCUUCUGAUGCUUCUGAUGCUUCUGAUGUGUUAACAUGAUACCCAUGUUGAGUAAUUUCUAAACUCGACCUCGCCUUGAGUUUACAUGAGAUGACGGCUGUUGAAUGAAUGUGGAUUUUGUCCGUCAGAACGAUGAAGCUGAAUUGUAGAGUUUUUUUCUCCUUAGAGUUAGCGAGAAAGAGAGAGAGAGCCUGGAGGAGCAGGAUUGACAUCCCUGUUUUGGCUGAUCAGCCCAUCGGAGACUUCUUCCUCUGGUUGACAAGCGAUUGGUGGACAAAUGCACUAAGGAUAAAUUGCUUU